AUGUUUCAAGCAUUUCAAGCCAACGAUGAAUCCUCCAUCAACAAGUCGGGUCCGGUACAAAGGGUUGUUAACGACUUUGGGGCCAAUGGGAAUGUUGCUCCCAAAUUAGUCAAGUUAAACUUUCUAUAUUAUAACGAGAAUGAAGAUCUCACACUUUUGAUUAGUCGGGUGGAGCAAAUUUUCGACUACCAAAAUACUACUCCGGAAGAAUAG